UCUUUCCCGCGCCGCCUCCUGUACAGUUGGUCUCUCUGCGCACACUGAGACUGAGGAGAUUUUUAUUCACGUAGAAAUAGAAAAUCGCCGGAGCAGACAUGCCGAGUGUGGAGGAGCUGUACCGUAACUAUGGCAUCCUGGCCGACGCCAAGGACGACGUAAGCCAGCACAAAGCUGCAUAUCAGGUUAUCCUGGAUGGUGUGAAAGGUGGCGCAAAAGAGAAGAGGUUGGCGGCUCAGUUCAUCCCCAAGUUCUUUAAACAUUUUCCAGAUCUUUCUGACGCUGCACUCAAUGCCCAGCUGGACCUGUGUGAAGAUGAGGAUGUUUCGAUUCGUCGUCAAGCCAUUAAAGAACUGUCGCAGUUUGCCACUGGAGAGAACCUCCCCCGUGUGGCAGACAUUCUUACCCAGCUUUUGCAGUCAGAUGACUCUGCUGAGUUCAAUUUGGUGAACAAUGCUUUGCUGAGCAUAUUCAAAAUGGAUGCUAAAGGCACAUUGGGAGGCUUGUUCAGCCAGAUCCUUCAAGGAGAAGAUAUAGUCCGUGAGCGAGCAAUUAAAUUCCUCUCCUCUAAGAUGAGAACCCUUCCUGAAGAUGUUCUGACCAAGGAUGUGGAGGAUUUAAUAUUAUCUGAAUCAAAGAAGGUUUUGUAUGACGUCACAGGAGAAGAAUUUGUUCUGUUCAUGAAAAUCCUUUCUUCACUGAAAAACCUACAGACAGUUAGCGGCAGACAGCAGCUGGUGGAUUUGGUGUCUGAGCAAGCAGGACUGCACCAAACUCUCAACCCAGCAGACCCCGACUCUGUGGAUCGCCUGCUCCAGUGUAUGCGCCAGGCAGUGCCCCUGUUUUCAAAAAACGUCCACUCGACAAAGUUUGUGACACAUUUCUGUGAGCACGUUCUGCCCAUCCUGAGUACCCUGACCAGUCCAGCUGAGGGCAUUGAUGUCCAGUUAGAGGUACUCAAGCUGUUGGCUGAGAUGAGCUCCUUCUGUGGUGACAUGGACAAAUUAGAAUCAAACUUGAACAAACUUUUUGAUAAGUUGUUGGAAUACAUGCCACUUCCACCCGAAGAAGUAGAAAACGGAGAGAACUCUGCAAACGAGGAGCCAAAACUGCAGUUCAGUUAUGUUGAAUGUUUACUCUUCAGUUUCCAUCAGCUUGGCAGGAAAAUGCCCGACUUCCUGAUCGACAAAGUCGAUGCAGACAAACUGAAAGAUUUCAAAAUCCGGCUGCAGUACUUUGCCAGAGGACUCCAGGGAUACAUAAGACAGCUCCGCUUGGCUCUGCAGGGAAAAACUGGGGAUUCACUAAAAACAGAGGAGAACAAAAUCAAAGUGGUAGCCCUGAAGAUAACAAACAACAUUAAUGUUUUGAUCAAGGAUCUGUUCCAUAACCCUCCAUCCUACAAGAGCACCGUCACACUGUCGUGGAAACCAGUCCAGAAGACCGACGUUGGGCAAAAAAGGUCAGGUGAAGACACGUCUUCUAGUUCUCCUCCCAAAAAACCUAUUCCAGGACCAAAGAGGGAUUCCAGACAGAUCUAUAACCCUCCAAGUGGGAAAUACAGCGGAAGCUUGGGAAAUUUCUCUUAUGAACAGAGAGGAGGAUUCCGUGGAGGCCGGGGGCGAGGUUGGGGAGGACGUGGGAAUCGCAGUGGAGACAAUGUUUAUUGAUGUGGACCCACAAACAUAAGACCUGCAGUAAUCCCUGCAGUUGGGCUGGACUGCUGACCACCUUCCAACGGCAACAGACUUUGACAUGAAGCGUUUAAGCGUUCUUUCUACCUUUGUAUGUACCUACUGUUUUUUGUAUUCAGACGUUGCUGCAGCUUCACCCAUGAGUCAGACACUGCACAUCCAGGAUCCUGAACUGCUUCCUAUGUGCAGAUCUUCUACCAGAGCUCUAGCGUAUACCUUAUGGGUCGAAGACUUUCAAGUGAACGUUCCAGUUGGUGUAGACAUCAUAGUUCAUGAAUCUCCAAGGCUGCAGAAAUCCUUUUGAAGCCCAGACGGAGCAAUGGUUUUAAUUUCUGAGCCCGUAGUUAACAUUUUCCGUUCAUUGCCAAAGUAUGCCUUCAUGCCAAGGAUCUCUGCAUGUCUGAGUGCAUAAGGUAUUAGACGCCUCUUUCCAUUUCCAUUUUUGGUUUGGUCCAAUAGAUAUUAUUUUUUUUUUUGUUAUUUAUUCUUACACAGUAAAGCUGCGGCACUACAGCGGGUUUAAUUUUUGUCUCCUUUUUGUUUUGCUUUUAUCUCAUCCCCUGAAGCAAAUGUUCUGUAUACUGUUACCCCCAUGGCUGUGCGUACGAGAGCUUGGAAGUAUUUCUUUCCCUUCCUACUUGUCAUUUGUGUCAUAGAAAACCGUUUAACUGCUGUGUGAUGAUUUUGUCUUUUUAAUCGGGGGGGGUUUGUCAAUAGCCGUUUUCUCUGCAGUAGAUUUCAAUUUUACACCAGUGUUCAGAUUUGUGCAGCACCAUAAACGCUCAUGACUUAUUCCUGAAGCUACUGCAAACUUUUUUUUUUAAUCUGACGAGCAUUAAAAUGUCUUCACUGCAAGUUCGAAUGUCCUUUGCAAUGGAUUUCCUCCAAAAGACUAUGGUCAUCUGUUGGAGAAUAUUUUUUAUUAUUGAUUUACUUUUUUUUUUUUUUAGGGCUGAAACUUUUUUUAGUUUUUUUCCCCCCUAGAUUUUGCUUAAUUUGGCUUCUUGUUUCACUUAUCAGCUGCGCAAUGCUGUCCUGUGAUAAAUCCAUUAGGCUGGCUGUUUGAUGGCUCUAUCUGCAGCCCCUCUCUCUCUUUCUUUCUUUUUUUUCCCUCGAGUGAAAUUCUAAGCAGAUGUAUGGCCAAAUCAAAGAUCAAUAAAUCUGGUAAUUAAAAAAAA